AUGACCCGCGGGAACCAGCGCGACGUGGACCGCGAACGUGCGCAGCGGCGCAACCAGCGCGGCAUGCAAAACUCCACUCUCAAGUCCAAAGACAAGAACUUAAACGUUGUUUGCGAAGUUUGCAGACAAACUUUCAUGUGCACAAUCAAGCGGCCGACGCUGGAGCAGCACAUGGAGUCCAAGCACCCCAAGCACCAGUUCCGAGACUGCUUUCCCAACUUCGAAGACUGA